AUGGAAGAUUUAGAUCAACUAUUAGAAGAUUUGCAGAGUGUUAGUCAACGUGCUCGAACAGCCUACAAACAUGCUCCAGAACUAACCACACGCUUAGAACCAAUGGUAUUAAAUCGAACGUUACCCACUCAAAAUGUAGAAUUAAAUCAAUUAAAUUUAACACGACCAGAUUCAACAUUGAUUGAAUCAUCACCACUACGUCCAUUACAACGUGUUUUAUCGCCGCCACCACCUUCAUCCUCUCAACCUACGCAGAAAAGUUUAAAUGAAUUAAACCAACUAUUAGAAACAUUAAAUAAUGUCAAACAAAAUAUUAAACAAGCUGUAUCUCCAUCCCGUUUAACAUCAAAUGAUAAAUCGACUUCGCUUGAUUCAAUACUUGCUUUAUCGUCACAACAGCAACAAUCAAAUACGGUUCGUGGUGUAUCCAUCGAUGAUCUUAUUGAAAGUAUCGAUAUCCAAUCAGAAAUUAGUCCAACAACUAAACAAAAACCUACGUCAUCCAAACAAAAGAAAUCAAAAUCAACAGUGACAAAAGAAUUAGAAGAUUUAAUGGCAUCUCUAAGCGAUUUUAAAAUAUCAUCAACACUUAAAGAACAAACAUCGCCCACACACCUAAUUUCUACAUCUCAAACUCGAUCUACUCAUUCUCCCGAUAGUGACCAAAAAUCCACAUCAUCUUCACCAUCAAAAUCAAAAUCUACAACGUCAACAUCCAUUCAAUUACCCGUCACUCAGCUAAAUGAGAAAAAGACUAAAAGUGAUACUAAUCUUGAUCAAUAUCCAAAAUGCCAUGCUUGCAAUCAUUCAAUCGUUGGACAAGUAAUUACGGUUCUUGAUCGCUAUUAUCAUCCUGAACAUUUACGUUGUACAGCGUGUAAUUGUGAAAUUGGCCGAAAAGAUUUUUAUGAAAAAAAUUCUCGGCCUUAUUGUGAAAAUGAUUAUAGAAGAUUAUUUGCACCAAAAUGUGCCGCAUGUGAUCAACCAAUUAUUAGUGUGAUGAUAACAGCUUUAAAUCGCAAUUGGCAUCCGGAACAUUUUGUAUGUGAAUUAUGUAAACGAAGAGUGGGUGAUGAUGGAUAUCAUGAAAAAGAUUCAAAAGCGUACUGUCGAGAAUGUUAUUUAUCAAACUUUGUUCCAAAAUGUUUGGGUUGUGAUCAAGCCAUUAUUGAUACUUAUAUACAAGCAUUAGGUGGACAUUGGCAUAAACGUUGUUUUGUUUGUCAACAAUGUGAACAACCAUUUGUUAGUGGAACAUUUUAUGAACAUGAAAAUAUUCCAUUAUGUGAGUUACAUUAUCAUCAACGAAGAGGUUCAUUUGGUCGUUGUAUAACGGCUAUGGGACGUAAAUAUCAUCUUGAACAUUUUAUUUGUUCCUAUUGUACUCGUCAAUUAGCAAGUGGUACAUUUAAAGAACAUCAAGAAAAACCUUAUUAUGGUACAGAUUCAUCCCAAGGUAAAUCGCAAGUGUUAUCGAAUAUAAGUGCAUGUCAAGCUGUAGCAGAAGCUGUAAGAACAACAUUAGGACCAAGAGGAAUGGAUAAAUUAAUUGUGGACAAUAGGGGAAAAGCUACUAUUUCGAAUGAUGGAGCAACAAUAUUGAAAUUAUUAGAAGUUGUACAUCCAGCUGCUAGAACAUUAGUUGAUAUCGCCAAAUCACAAGAUGCAGAAGUUGGUGAUGGUACAACAUCAGUGGUGUUAUUGACAGGUGAAAUUUUAAAAAAUUGUCGACAAUUCAUCGACGAUGGAAUGCAUCCAACAAUAAUUAUUCGAGCUCUAAGAAAAGCGUCGGUAAUUGCGAGUCAAAAAGUAAAAGAAAUUGCCAUAAAACAACGUGCUCUAUUAGAAAAAUGUGCCGCUACGACAUUAAGUUCAAAAUUAAUUGCACGACAAAAAGAAUUUUUUUCUAAAAUGGUUGUAGAUGCUGUACUCAUAUUAGAUGAAUUAUUACCAUUAAAUAUGAUUGGAAUUAAAAAAGUUACUGGUGGUUCACUUGAGGAAUCUCGACUUGUUGCUGGUGUUGCAUUUAAGAAAACAUUUUCCUAUGCUGGUUUUGAAAUGCAACCGAAAAAAUAUCAAAAACCAAAAAUAGCCAUGCUAAAUAUUGAAUUAGAAUUGAAAGCGGAAAGAGAUAAUGCUGAAAUACGUUUAGAUAAUGUUGAUGAAUAUCAAAGAAUAGUGGAUGCUGAAUGGACGAUUUUAUAUUCAAAACUAGAAAAACUUCAUCUAGCUGGCGUAAAAGUUGUCUUAUCAAAAUUACCCAUUGGCGAUGUGGCUACUCAAUAUUUUGCUGAUCGUGAUAUGUUUUGUGCUGGUCGUGUUCAAGAAGAUGAUUUAAAACGUACUCAGAAAGCCUGUGGUGGAGCGAUAGUAACAACGGUUGAAAAUUUAAAUGAAAAUGUAUUCGGUUCGUGUCAAGAGUUUGAAGAACAACAAAUCGGUGGAGAAAGAUAUAAUUUUUUUACUGGUUGUCCAAAAGCUAAAACGGCUACGUUAAUUUUACGAGGAGGUGCUGAACAAUUUAUUGACGAAGUUGAACGUUCAUUACACGAUGCUAUUAUGAUUGUUCGACGAGCAGUUAAAAAUGAUAGUGUUGUGGCUGGAGGUGGAGCAAUUGAAAUGGCUCUAUCACGUACACUUCGAGAUUUUAGUAGAACAAUUGCUGGCAAAGAACAAUUGAUUAUUGCUGCAUAUGCUAAAUCAUUUGAAAUUAUACCACGACAAUUAUGUGAAAAUGCUGGAUUUGAUGCAACAAAUAUUUUAAAUAAAUUAAGACAAAAACAUGCUGAAAAUGCUAUAUGGUUUGGUGUUGAUAUAUCUCGUGAAGAUGUUGUUGAUAAUUUUCAAGCAGCUGUUUGGGAACCAGCUGUUGUUAAAAUAAAUGCUAUAACAGCGGCUAGCGAAGCAGCAUGUCUCAUUUUGUCCGUUGAUGAAACAAUUAAAGUGCCAAAAUCUGUUGCUGAAACAUCGAAUGCCGCUAAACAAAUGGGCAUGGGUUAA